GUGUAACAAAAGGAAACAAGUUUGCAAUGUAUCUGCAUCAAUCAUGCUGCACUAGGUUAAAAUGAACUAAUCCCUGGGCGAUCACAUGCAGAAAUUGCUUCCAAGAUUCAGCAAAAGCUGGAUGUCAUAUUAAGAUCAUUGGCUGCUGUAGAAUCCUAAAAGAUGAAAUGUGUACUUAUUGCUUCCGAGGGGGCUGAAGUCCUUUUCUGCUGGUCAGAUGAAGAAUAUGAAAGCCACUUGCGUGCAAAAUACUGUUCAUUGGAUGAAACUCAGGCGCUAUCCAUAGGGGACACCACCAACACACUCUUUGCCCCUUUAAUAAUUUCCUGUGUGACUCUGCUAGACAGAAUCAAGGAUACAUAUACGUGUUUCACCUCGGACAAUGGCCACCUUUCUGUCCUUCAUAUGUUUGGAGGAUGUCUAUACAUUGCAGUAAAUGGGGAUGGAUUGGAAAAUGAGGAUGACCUUCGUAGAAAACUUUAUGUCCUGAAGCGUCUAAGUGAAGUUCACUUUGGCCUCGUCACCUUUGAUAGCCAACUCAUUAAAAAGGAACUGCGGCCCCCUGAUUCCGAACACUGCAAGCUGGUGUGGAAGACCUUCCAGAGUCUUCUUGUUACAUAUAACCGUCUGAGACAGGAGGACCAGAGCUUUCUAGUAGAGGCCGUGGAGCGUUUGAUUCACCCAAAGCUCUGUGAACAAUGCAUUGAGUUUUUGGAGAAGCAGGUAGUUCAGUACAUUAACAGCAGCAAUGAGCGAGGUGGAGAGGAGGUCCUACAUGCCUUUGUUUUAGUCAAUACGAAGCUACUGGCACUUUUCUCCAGUCGAAAUUCCAGCUCACUGAGACCUGCAGAUCUCCUCUCCUUAAUUCUGAUUGUUCAAGAUUUGUAUCCUGGCUCCAGCACACUACAUGACCAGCCUUUCCAGGAAGCAGAGGAAGAAUAUUAUACCCCAGAUCCGUCUCCUAGUACCAGUAGCCUGGGCGCUGAGAGCUGGGUUGAUGAUGAUCCUGCAGCAUCACAUUUUACAGAUAAUGAAAUACAGAUUGCCGAAGACAGUCUGAAAACCCUGGUUGGUUCACUUCCUGAAUCUACGAACACAAGAAGAGUAUUUUUGGAUGCCAACACGAAGGAGGGGUAUUGCCCCAUGAUGCCACAUUCCAUGUACUGUCUACCUCUAUGGCCUGGAAUAUGCCUUAUUCUAUUGACAAAGUUGCCUGGCAGCCAUAUUGCUCUUUCCCUUUACCAGCUUUUAGAUGGGUAUAGCAUGAUUGAGAAGAAACUGUUGGAGGGCCAGGAUGUUCACCAAGUUCUGAGAUCUCAUCCAUUCAUGGCAGACCUUAAACAGAGGACAGAAAGGUUUGUGAAGUCCCUUGGUGGUCGUGAGAUACAGUUACAAAACACCUGGCUUGAGUUUAAGGCUAAAGCUUUCUCCAGAAGUGAGACUGGGACUACAGACGAGCUGCUCCAGGUUUGUGGAAAUAUGAAACGACAGCUGUGCUCAAUAUAUCGACAGUUAUUUCUAGCCUCUCCAAUAAGCGGGACACAUUCCCUUACUCCGAAUCUGCAGACUCGAGCCAGAAAACGUAUUCAGGAGAAAUUGAUGGACUGGAAGGAAUUCUUGCUGGUGAAGAGUAAAAGAAAUAUCACCAUGGUCACUUACUUGGAGGACUUCCCAGGUCUGGUGCAUUUUAUCUAUGUAGAUCGCACUGUAGGACAAAUGGUGGCUCCUUCUAUGAACAUUGAUGAAAAAUCUUCUUCAGAGCUUGGAAACAGCCUGAUGGCUAAUUUCAUAAAACACAAGGUUUGGUCCCUUAUUGGGAUGUCUCGACGAUAUCUUCAGAAAGGAUACACAACCGUAACGUUUCGAGAUGGCGAUUAUUUUUGCUGUUACUUCCUCUGGUUUGAGAACGAAGCUGGUGAUAAGCUUGAAGUAAUUGAUGUUCCCGUCCUAGGAGAUGAUUCGGCUCCUAUAGGCAUGCUAGCAGGCGAAUAUUACAGGAAACUGCUUCGUUACUACAGUAAGAAUCAUCAAAUGGAGUUGGUAAAAUGCUAUGAACUGCUGACGAUGCACUUGGGAAUCAUUCCCCCAGAACAUGUGAUCCAGCAAUGCCAAGACCUCACUCGCAUUCUCUGGGAGCCUUCUCGCAUCCCACUUCUAUAAAAUGAUGGGAAGGCUAGCACAAAGCAGCCAGUAAAUUACUCUGGACAAUCAACCCACCAGAGCUUUACAUGUUUAACCUGCCAGGAUGCCUCUAGUUACAGUACUAGUAGUGUAGGCUAUGGUGGAGUGUAUUGUUCAUGGGUCAGAAUAUCGCCUGCCAAACCGCUAGGGAUUGCACUUCAUACUUGUAUUUUAUAUCUGAUAUUGUGGCAGUGUUCUGUGUACUUGUGAGACCAUUAUGACUUGCUUCCAACAAGUGAUGACCUUUCAAAUUGUGUAAAGAAGCAAAGGGACAGUCGGAUAUUAACACGACUAUUGGGUAAGUAGAAAUAAAGUUUAGAUGAAAUUUGAGGAUGACAAAGUAGGUGACUAGUUAAUGCUGUAUUCUGCUGCAAAAUACUUAACAAAAGUUUAGAUUAAAAAAAAUAUCGUUUCCUGCAGAUUCUUGCUCCUCUCAAGAUCUUGUCCACAAAUAGAUGAACUGGGAUGCGUGCUUGGGAAUUGUGGUCAUUUGCUAGUUAGUGUGUAGCAAUGACGUGCCGUGUGUGUACUUUAUCUAUAGGCUGAUGGCAGGUCAAGGUCAAAGUAGGGGGUGAAAAGUAGAAUCAAAGUUAAUCAAUUUCAUGGUUGGUUAAUUUAAUAUUUAAUGCAUUUGCUAUCAUUUUCGAUAAAUUGUGAAUUUUGUUGCCUUUCGUGUAAACACAAAUCUCACAAAAUUGCUAAAAAUAAUAAGCAGGUGAAAAAUGGGUUUGUCUCCCAAUGACACUCUAGUAAAACAGCAAGGUAAUAAAGCGUAAAAAAACUAAUGUUUUGCUGUAAAAAAAUAAAAAAGCUAAUAUUUACCCUUCCACCCCCUUCCCCCUUUGUUUAGUAUGAAAAACAAAAUAUAUAAACCAAAUAAUGGUGCACAUUACUUCAGAACACUAUGUGUAAUGUAACGCUACUUUUAGACUGUCCACUCACGUUUCAUUGAGCCAUGUUUGUCCUGGCUCUACGUGUAAACAGCUUCUGGUGUUUGUGUUGCCAUAUACAGACCCAUAAACUAUUUACACUUAGCAGUAUUAUUCACUAAAGUGAGGACUGAUGGGAAUUCAAUGUUAACCUAAUGUGAAUUUUAGAUUUAAGGUCAAAGUAGCUGAACUGGGACCAAAGCUUGGCUUUUUUGGUCUUAAAAUUGGAAUUCAUUUUGAAAUUCCCUUUAACCUCUUAAGGAUUCAACUUUAGACAUAAAAGGCUAGCAUGACGGAAAAUUUCCGUUAUGUGUCCUUAAGUAGUUAACAUUAUUGAAUAACCCUGCUAAUGGCAGGUCAAACAUGGCUCUAUGAAGUGUAAAUUGGCAAUCUUACAAGUAGCUGUUGUGUUGGACACUUGUAUUUUAUUUUACAUGACAUGGGCAUGUUAAUAAUUAAGACUUUUAUGAUCACAGAUAAAUCUUCAGGUGUAUCUUGUUCUCUCCCGGCAGUUGUAAUUGAUACAGUGUUACUUCAUGCUCACAGGCAGCCAUAGCAGUGUCUGCCUACAUAAAACACGAUGUAUUCAUUUUUGCACCUUUAAUCAUAAUGAAAAGUCCUCAUUUUUCAUUUUUGUGUUAGAACAUAUUUCAUGUUAUUCUAGUGCAAAUGAAAUGUUUGUGUGAAUCUCUGAAAGACAAUUAUAUAGGUUUUCCACAUUAAAAAUAUACAGGCGUUUUUGAUCUAAAAUUAAAAAUAAGUAAUAGUUUUGAUAUAUUGUACUGUCCCUUUAAAUGUCUUAUGUGCUCCAUCUAAAUGUAAUUCAUCAGAUUUUGUACAAUUUGAAUGGGUGUUUGAGGUACUAUGUGUAACACACUGCAUUUUUGUAAACUAAUAAACCCACCAUUUUGAUGCA